AUGUCAGAAAACGGGACAGUGGAGAAUUCCUUCUGGCAAUUUAAAGGGAACGUGGACUACGUGGACAAAUGGUUCCUCAUGUCGACACCAAUGCCGAUUGUAACGAUUUGGAUCACAUACCUUGCUUUCGUUUUGAAAAUUGGACCGGCAUUGAUGAGGAAAAGGGCGCCGUUCAACUUAAAUAAUGUGCUUCUUCUUUAUAAUACCAUUCAAGUUUUGAUAUCAUGUUUCGUAUUCUGCAUUGGAUUUAAACUUCUCCUACAAAACGGGCUUAUUUUACAACGCAGGUGUAUAUCUGAUAGUGAUGAUUUAAAGAAGAAAAUUACAGUUGGGACCUACUACUACUUGUUCGCUAAAAUAACUGAACUGCUCGACACCGUAUUCUUCGUGCUUCGAAAGAACUACCGUCAGGUCACUUUUCUCCACGUUUACCACCAUUCCAUCACGAUGCUGGCCAGUUGGUGCGCCCUGAAGUACGAGCCCUCUUACAGUACGGUGUUCCUCGGCACGGUUAACUCCUUUGUUCACAUAGUUAUGUACGCCUACUACGGACUCUCCACCUUUCCCGAUCUGACGAAGUAUUUAUGGUGGAAAAAGUACAUCACGACUAUGCAACUGGUACAAUUUUUGCUGAUCGUUUUACAAGUCACAAUUAACCACAAAGUCUCGUCCUGUCCUACUUCGCAUGGCCUUAUCGGGGUUAUUAUAUUCAAUAUCUUAUUCUUCAUGUACCUAUUUUCCGACUUCUACAUAAAGUCUUACAUCAAGAACAAUCAUGAACAAAAAGUAAAAGAGAAGCCAUAUAGCAAAAAUCUUAAUGCUGUAGCGCACGAAAAGAAAGAAGUCUGCCAGCUUACCGAGGCAUAUUACAAU